AUGUCCCAGCCCACCGACUCGGGCCCUGUUCAGGAAGGCCUUGUCUCCCUUGUGUUUGGUCAAGGGGUCCGUUGCGAGACCCAACCCGUCGUCACGAUUGCUUCCCAUCUCCGCAUCCAGUCCAUCCUCUCUCCUCCUGAGCCGCCCGACGCCCAGUCGGCCGCGGCAACUCCAUCAUUUGAACAGCAGCAGUCCAUUCCGAAGAGAAAGUUCCACGACGCCUUUACCGCACCGGCGCCCGAUGCGCCCAUCGAACCGGCCGAGCCGCCCGCGCCGCCACAUCCCCAUCCGCUCCCGCAGCGCUUGCCCAACAUACGCCAGCCGUUGCCCCACAGCCCGCCACGGCCCGCCACGGUCGGGGCGGCCCGCAGCCAGGGCCACACUGCCGCCAUAGCCGUGAGCGCCGUGAGCGCCGACGAUGACAGCAGAUCGCCCGUCCAGUCUUCCGUGAUGGCAGGCAGUCCUGGCAGCCCCGGCGGCAUGGACAGCAAGAAAGGGAUCAAGCGGACGCCCUUGAGAUCCAGCAUCGCCUGUCAACGCUGCCGGAAAUCCAAAAUCAAGUGCAACAAUACGGGAGGCGACCAGCCCUGCGAGACGUGUAUCCGAAAUGGCAAGGAGUGCACCUACCCCGAAGUGACGCCUGCCCCGCCGAAGCGGUCCGAGCCGCCUUCGGGCGCCAAGAUGGAGCAGGGCUCGGAGCGGAAGCGUCUACGGCGGAUUGAAGAUAUUGUUAAGAUGGAGGGCGCCGUCCCGGCCGCCGUUGUUGCCGAAGAUGUCCUGUCGGCACCCUACCUCACCGGAACCAUAUGGAACCAACUGUUUGACAUCUAUAGGUUGCAUUUUGCGACCGAGCUGCCCUUUCUACACUUGGCCACGUUGAAGGAAAAGCAGGGUAACAGGUCGAGGGCGAAGCCUGCCGACACGUCGCCCGAGAUCAACCUCGUACUGCUGGGCAUUCUCACAUUAACAGCGCGGUUCCACGGCACCUUGGUUUCCUACAUCACAGCGCCCAGGAACAGCCCAUCAGCGUCCGGCAUGCCCAAGCCCCGGCCCGCCGGCGGCCCGGCCUCGGAUGCAGCAGCGGCCUCGGAGUAUUACGCCGAUGUCCUCACGAAGGCCCUCGGAGGCCUAAGAACCAGCAUGACCGUGGCUUCCGUAGAGCGAGUCCAGGCAUUUUUGAUGCUGGGCCUCUAUGAGUGGAGCCAAGCGCGGCCGAGGGUUGGGGGGAUGGCCGCCUGGAUGUACGUUGGCGUUGCUAUCCGGAUGUCGCAGGCACUAGGUCUGGGUGAUGGAGAUAAGGAGCCCAACAAGGUCUUCCGGCCCCGGCCUAUUAAGCCUGCCCAGCAAACCAUGUCGAUCACUGCUAGGGAGAUCAGGAGGCGCACCAUGUUUAGCUGUCUGAUCUUGGACCGGUUGUUGGGCUGCGGCAAGGAUCGAGUCUCGACGAUUCGCUCCGAGGAUCUGCGAAUCCAGCUACCGUGUGCCGAAGUCUCAUUUGACCUCGGGCAUGACGUCUACACGGGUUUCCUAAAGCCGACCUCGGUAGUCGAGACAACCCGGCCGAUCUCCGAUAGCGUGCUCGGCCGCUUCGUCCGCCUCGUCGACCUCUGGGGGGAAAUCUCCGAGUGGAGUUUCUCCGGUGGCCGCUUUACAGAAGAAGAACGCCCUCCGUGGUCGCCCGAGUCGAACUUCUUCCAGCUACGUGAGAAGCUAGAGGCGUUCUACGACGGUCUUCCAGACGAGUUCAGGUGGUCGGAUAGCAACUACUACAAACACGAAAACCACCAGGCCAGCAGCGUGUACGUUUCGCUACACAUGCUCGGCGCCGUGUGCAGGAUCAUGCUCCACCGCGAGUACAUCCCCUUCAUCCCCAUCCUCUGCAACAAACCAGUUGGUCCUCUCGAUGAGCCUACGUUCGCGCCCGGCCAGGAGCCGCAAGGCUUUUGGGAGGUUAGUGCCGAGGAAAUUUUCCAUGCGGCCAAGGAUAUCGUCGACCUCGCCGAGAUCUGCCGCGACAAGUUGCCCAUGUCAUCUCUCGUUCUCUUCGCGGUCUGGACCGCCGCCUUUGUCGGCAUCUAUGCGGUCCACUUCCCGCACAUCGACACCAAGGGGCAUAUGCUUCCCAAGGAGGAUGUCAACGGGCCUCUCGACGUGACCAGGCACGGCCCCACGGGGCUCACGUACAAGUUGCUGACACAUAUGUCGCUGUGGCUCAAGCUGGCAGAGACAUUCGUUAGUUAUUUUGGAGAGAUGGACCGGUACUACGACAUGGUCAAGCAAGACUACGAGAGGCAUGUCGGCGGUGGUCGUAUCGGUGGCGGCGGUCUAGAGGAGUGGAAGGAGCGGGCUUUCAAGGUGGUCAACAACGGCGAGAUACUGGUCGUCGACGAAGGCAAGAGCUCCUCACGCGACAGCACCGUCGAACCCGGCUCCUCGAUCGGCCCGGAUAGCAAUCACGGCCCCACCGACCACGCCAAGACGCCCCGGUCCACGUCCAUGUCGUUCACCCCCAUCAACACAUCGCAGUCACACGCCGGCCAGCCGGACGAGGCCGCCGCCGAAGCCGCCGCCUCGACCCUCUGGCGCAUCCAACAACCGCACGGACAGCACAGCCAACACCAGCACCCGCACCAGCAUCAACACCAGCACCAACACCAACAACACGCACAACACCAACACCAACAGCCCUCACCCUCCCAAUCCUCGGGCGCCGUCCCCUCCCCGCAGCUAUCGCAGCACCCGCACCCGCACCCGCACCACCCGCACGCGGGGCUGACGGCGGCGGUGCCCAAGCUGCCGCCGUACGCGUCGAGCGAGGUGCUCGAGUACGUGGAGCAGAACCAGUCGAUGCCGUGGAGCCUGGCGCCCGGCGGGGUGGACCAGUUCGCGCACGGCACCGAGGAGCUGGUGCUCGACGGCGGGCCGCUCUACUGGCCCGGCAUGGCGGCCGAGGGGUGGGCUAUGGGCGGGGUGAUGACGCAGGGGGUGGGGGGGUAUUCUACUUAUUAG